AUGAAUAUUGAGCCAGAUGUCAGAUAUGAUCUUGAUAUCUUUUGUUCCAACAAGCGACUCAACCUCGACGUUUAUAAUCAUCUUCAUCUCCUCGUUUUCCAACAACUUUUACCUCAUCUUUGGCUCACUGUUAGAGCUGGUCGUGCACAGGAAAUUCCCCGAGAGCAUAGAAUUAUAAUAUUGCAGUUAAGGCAGGCUAUACUUCGAGAUCUUGCAUUUAACUCUGCAGAGAGUAUUUACAAGGAGAAGAAAGAGGAAGGAAAAUGGAGACAAGCGAUGGGUGCGGACGCCCCGCUCAUUGCAGAAGUUUGCGUUAAUCCUUCAACUGAUAGAUGCAUGAUAUGCCUGGAAUCGUUGAAUAGCAGAGUGUGUUUAAAAUUGAAGUGUAACCACACGUACCACAAAGAUUGUCUUGCACUGAUGGUCGAGUUCAAGGGAUGCGCCAUCUGCAGAGAUGAAUGCCGUGGUCCAUUGCCUGAUAUAUCAGUAGAGAAUGAUGGCCCAUGGCCAGAAUGGUUACAAGCGAUCGCUCCUCCUCAACGCCCACGAGUGCAGGAAGAGCUUCUUGCGCAGCCUCCUCCUACAGAUGAGGAAAUAAGUGGAUUAGAGGCGGCUUUCAAUCAAACUCAAAAAAGAACUGCAGAGUUGUACGAGAGUGUGUUGCGCAAUCAACAAGAUCUUUCGAAUGCCAGAUUCAAAGUGGAAGGCAGUGAGUACAGCAUGAAAGAAAAUGCGUCGAAGAUAAGUGAUCUUGAGUGGGACGCACAUAAUAGUCGCAUGGCUGUUAACUUAGGCGAGGGAAAGGAACCGAUAAGCGAAAAUACAAGCGCUAUGAACAAUCGCUGUACGUGA